AGGUCCGACUCUGACAGCUGACUUAAAUUCUGUGAUCUGUGAUUGCCUGUUCUGUGCUGUGCUCUAUUUCAAAAUAAAUUAAUUAAAUUAAAGUUAAAGGUUAAAAUAAGUUAAAGUUAGAGGAUACAGUAAUAAAGUUUAAUUUAAAAUAAAUAAUUGUGCAAAUCAUGGAAAUUUCGUUUAAAGGUAAACGGAUCUUAGUGACCGGUGCUGGACAAGGUAUAGGCAGAGGGAUUGCAGUUGAGCUAUGGAGAGCUGGAGCGAAUAUAGUUGCAUUAUCUAGAACGAGGACUCAUUUAGAAAGCUUAAAAAGUGAAUAUCCGUCCAUUGACAUAGUCGAUGUAGACAUAAGCGAUUGGGACAAAACACGUCAAGUGGUGGAAUCUUUAGGACAUUUUGAUGCUCUGGUUAAUAAUGCAGCUGUUGCAGUGUGUGAACCAUUCCUUACUUGUACUGCUGCCGAUUUUGAUAGGAUGUUUGAUAUAAAUGUGAAAGCAGCUCUUAAUAUUAGUCAAGUAGUUGCCAGGAAAAUGGUAGAAAAUAAAACUCACGGUGCCAUUGUCAACAUGUCUUCACAAGCCUCCAAGGCAGCAUUGAAAGACCAUACCAUAUAUAGUGCAUCGAAGGCUGCGUUGGAUGCUUUGACUCGUGCCAUGGCGUUGGAGCUGGGCCCCCAUGGGAUCAGGGUCAACGCCGUCAACCCCACGGUCACCAUGACGGAAAUGGCCAAGGUCGGCUGGGCUGAUCCAGAGAGGAGUGCAGAAAUGAAGGCUAAAAUACCAUUGGGAAGAUUUAGUGAAGUUUCCGAAGUGGUGAAUGCUGUUGUUUUCCUGCUAAGCGAGAAGUCCACGAUGAUCAAUGGUGUGGAACUUCCCAUCGAUGGGGGAUUCCUCGCCACAUAGUGUUAUGUACCUGCUAUUUGAAACCAAAGCAAUAAGGCUCGAAAUGUUCCUUUUUCCAAUAUAUUUUUAAUAAAUUUUCUCUGAGAUCUGUUUA